AGCAUCUCCAUUUCGGCUUUCAAGCAGAGCACUGCUGCUACUAGAAGAACCCCUUCCAUUCCAAAGUCUUGCUGCUUAGCUAUAAAUUCCUAAUAAUAAUAAUAAGCUCAUAAUAUAUACGUAUACAAUACACACACAUACAUAUAUAUAUAUAUAAUGGAUUCCUCAUUUUGGCAACGUUGUCCCCAAAGUCUCUUUUGUCUUUCUCUUUCUCCACCGAUUCCCUCUCCAACUCCAACGUUUCGCUGCGUAUGCCCACCUCGGCGGCCGGCAAGCCACGCUCUCCUUCUUUAAUCCCAAGCUUUUUCUCCCUCUUGUUCAAUUCUUCACCGCCAUGGCCGUUGCCAAACCGACAGCUUCGCUUUUCCUGCAAGUCGACCACGGAGGCGCGAAACCGGGAACCAGAACGAUCGGGAGGCCUCUUCCGGUGAUCAGGAGAGGCGAGACCAAGAGGCGGUGGUCGCUAAGGUGCUCCGGGGUCGAUGGCGGUAACGGGAAGGCGAUGAUUUCGCCGGUGGAAGAAGAGAAUGCGAGGUUCGUGGCGAUGAUGAGGGAAGCUCAGCCCUACUUCCGGGUUCACCAAGGCUCCACCUUCGUUGUGAUACUGUCGCCUGAAAUCGUAGCCAGCUCUUACUUGGACUCCGUCCUCGAGGAUAUAUCUCUCCUACAUGGCUUGGGAAUCAAAUUUGUUCUGGUUCCAGGGACCCAUGUACAGAUUGACAAGCUGUUGGCUGAGAGAGGAAGAGAACCCAAGUAUGUAGGCCGAUACAGAAUUACCGACUUUGAUUCCCUUCAAGCAGCAAUGGAUGCAGCUGGGAGAAUUCGUAUUAUGUUAGAGGCAAAGUUGUCUCCCGGACCCUCCUUAUGCAAUAUCCGUCGACACGGUGACAACCGUCGUUGGCAUGAUGUUGGUGUCAGUGUUGCUAGUGGUAACUUUCUUGCAGCUAAGAGAAGAGGAGUUGUGGAAGGAAUUGAUUAUGGAUCAACAGGUGAAGUAAAGAAAAUAGAUGUAGAUCGCAUUCGUGAGAGGCUUGAUAAGGAUUAUAUAGUGAUCUUAAACAAUCUUGGCUAUUCCAGCUCUGGUGAAGUUUUGAAUUGCAACACAUAUGAAGUUGCCACAGCUUGUGCUUUAGCUCUUGGUGCAGAGAAGCUUAUUUGCAUCAUUGAUGGGCCAAUCCUGGAUGAGUGUGGACGCCUUAUUCGUUUUUUAACUCUUCCAGAUGCAGACAUGUUGAUUCGUGAACGAGCUAAGCAAAGUGAAAUAGCAGCUAACUACGUUCAAGCUGUUGAGGAGGAAAAUCUCAGCUUACGUGCCCAUAGGCAGUCCAAUGGAAAUGUUCCCUCUCUUCAGAACGGGAAGGCUUUUAGUGAUGGAUAUGCAGCAAAGUUUCAUAACGGUGUUGGUUUUCACAAUGGCAAUGGCCUAUGGUCUGGUGAACAGGGUUUUGCUAUUGGAGGCCAGGAGAGGCUAAGUCGGCUAAAUGGUUACCUUUCUGAAUUAGCUGCCGCAGCUUAUGUUUGUCGGGGAGGUGUUCAGCGAGUUCAUUUAUUAGAUGGUACUGUCGGUGGAGUUUUACUAUUGGAACUGUUUCAAAGAGAUGGAAUUGGGACCAUGGUGGCUAGUGAUCUGUAUGAAGGGACAAGGAUGGCUAGAGCAGUAGAUAUUCCUGGAAUAAAACAGAUUAUACAGCCUUUGGAAGAAUCUGGUGCAUUGGUUAGGAGAACCGAGGAAGAGCUGCUUAAAGCACUGGAUUCAUUCAUUGUCGUGGAGAGAGAGGGUCAAAUUAUUGCAUGUGCUGCUCUAUUUCCUUUCUUCAAAGAAAAAUGCGGAGAAGUUGCUGCUAUUGCUGUGUCUCCUGAAUGCCGUGGCCAAGGACAGGGAGACAAACUUCUUGAUUACAUAGAGAGGAAGGCGCAAUCCCUUGGGCUUGAAAUGCUUUUCCUGCUUACAACUCGGACUGCAGAUUGGUUUGUGAGGCGUGGUUUCUCAGAAUGUUCUAUAGAAACCAUACCGGUGGAGAAGAGAAAGAAGAUCAAUACGUCCCGUGGUUCCAAGUAUUAUAUGAAAAAACUACGGCCGGAUAGAAGCGGCAUAACCAUUGAUCGAUACAACGCCACUAACAGAUGAGUUAAACUCAUCCAAGAAAUAAUUGUUUAGCUUGCUUCGCUGCAGAGCUUAAUCUUUAGAACACAUAUAUUUAGGUGUAUAGAAUGGUUCAUUUGUCAUCAUGUAAGUGUAUAUUAUUGCAUCCAUGGACCAAGGUGGGUUUGAGAGAAAAGAGAGAGAUCCUUGGAGCUUUUAUAUAUAACAUAAUGGUGGGCAAAGCUAAGAAUGCCCCCCCCCCCCCCCCCCCCCCCCCCCUCCUUUCUUCUUGUCAAGGGUGCCUGGGUAUUUUGGGACUUGUAUUACACAAACAUAUAAAAAGAUCCUGUUUCAUGGUGUUCAUAUCGUCACUCUUGACUUUCGAUGCCAACAAGUAACGUUUAUUCUCUAA